AUGGCACUAUUAGGCUUGCAAACGUUGCUCGAAGAGCCCAUGAUCAAACUGCGUUUCGGUAAGGUCCCUUUCCAUAUCGGACUUGCGAUUUCGACUUUCUGCAUCAACUUCCUUCUAUCGCACAUACUUGGUCACUAUAUCGAGUGCCCUUUUGGAGUUCCAUGGUCUAUCAUCUUCUCCCUUCUCGUCGUCGCAUGGAACUUCGCUUACAUCCCGGCACAUUACCUACUCGGACCCAUUAGGGAUGUACCAUUAGGCCACGAAUGCCAGAGAAUGCUAGAAGGUCGCGAGCCUGCCCUUGCGUAUACUGCAACGACACUGCUCUUAUACAACAUAGGUUCUGUCUCUAAAUGGCUACUUUCCCUUCGUCAGCACCCCUAUCUCGUCUCCAUUACCGCUUGUUCCUUUUUUAUUAUUUGUGAGCUUGUAGACAGACCUUGGCACAGGCUUUUGAAGGGUUACGUUAUCCUUCGGUUUGUCAAUGAUGGCUUCUGGUACUGGCCUGGCCGUCUGAUACUCUUGGGCCUUUUCAAGGAAUCUUUCUUCCUUGUUUUAUGGCUGGUCUGGAUAGUUGGGAACGGUCUGCAGGCUUUUAAUGAUGCACAUGCCGCUUUCAUCAACCCAACAAGCUUCCCCGUCAUAAUCCCAGACACUCCACGAAGCCCUUUCGUAUACGAACCGCUGGGGGAGAUGGAACUCAGACUGAUCCUAGUAUCUCCAUCACGUCGCUGGAACUUGUUUGGGUUUAUGCUAAGUCCUACUCGUUCACUUUCACAUCUGCAACUGCAGCUGGUUACAUUCAGUAGGGGUGAAUCUCCUCCCUAUGAAGCUAUCUCUUAUACCUGGGGUUCCGGAUCGAAAUCGAAGGAAAUCACAUUAAAUGGCAAGACAAUGGCCGUAUCACAAUCUGUACAUGAUAUACUGGUUCGAAGAGCAGACUAUUGGAAACAUAGGUACCUAUGGAUUGAUUCUGUCUGCAUCGAUCAAAAUAACAUCAAAGAACGAAAUAGCCAGGUGACGAAAAUGACUGAGAUAUACGAAAAUGCUUCUCGAGUCAUUGUUUGGUUUGGCUAUGCCACUGAUGCUUCUUUAGCAGUGAGCAAAUUGCUGGAUAUAUCGACUUUACUUCACGCAUACGAACCGGAUGAGCUGCUUGAGAAGCUGCUUUCGGACAAAACAGACCCAACCGAGACUGCGUCGUGGACAGCUCUUCAACGGUUAUUCUCACGACCUUGGUUCCUAAGAGUCUGGAUCAUCCAAGAGGUGAUGGUAGCCCAAGAGGUACAUAUUAUAUAUGGUGACCACUACUUGUCUUGGAAGAUGGUGGCGGAUGUUAUGCAAGGGUUUUACAAUGGACCACUAGAGCAAUUGCUUAGCAACUCCCUUGAGGACUCAGCAAUUUACUCGCCGCAGGCCUUGGCCACUGUCAGCCAAAUGCGGCAAAUCAGAGAUGACUUCCGUUCCUUAGCGGGAAUCAGAUUGGACCAUCUUUUGGCCUCAUUCAUACACAGCCAAGCAACCGUGGACAAAGAUAAGGUCUACGCGUUGCAGGGGCUCACGUCAUUUGCCAGAGAGAACGAUUCUAUUCUGCCGGUUAAAGUUGAAUACUCUGAAAGUACAUCUAUUGAAGAUGUACUUAUAGAGACUGCUGAUUUCUUGGUAAAGAGACGUCAGUGCUCUUGGAUACUCCCUCUGUCUGGUACAGGCUUUUCAGACAGAAGUCCAAGAUUGCCCUCGUGGGUGCCGCAAUGGAAACCGGAUCGAAUGGCGACGGCUCUAUCUCGAUAUAUUGAAAACGGUUCUCAGGAGGAUAGCCAUCCAGAUUACAGAUACAAAGCCUGCGGAGAAGGUUCACACCCUUCAAAUUACCAGUUCGUUCUUAACAGGGAGCAAAAGACGCUGAAGGUCAGGGGUUGUUUUGUCACUAAGAUCAAGAUGGUAGGGCCAUGCUUCCCUACCAUCGAUCAUAGCUCGGUUUGGGAAUAUGCAAGAGAAGUAAAGCAUUGGUAUGAUGACAGUAUUUCUUUUGUCCACGCAGAAGUGCAUGAUCCUUAUCUCGAUGGCCAGGGUAUUACAGAAGCCUUCUGGAGGACUCUAGUUGGUGACCGAGAGAUGCUCCAGCCAAGACCAGCUACUCUCUCUGUUGGCGAAGUCUUCCGUGUCUUGACAGAUCUCAGUAAAUUGGACUGGAACUUGUUUGGUAAUCCUCAUUCGGCUUCUAAGGGGGUGUCUUAUGGCGAUUUCUCACAAUUCUUUGACAUAGCUGAAGGAAUGAAUGAUGAGCAGAUAAAGAUGAUCUCUGGAUUGCUCUCCUCACUCCAGGACUUGGGAGGUCCACACUUGCGAGCGACAAGGUUUUUUAAAGACGUUGUUGCAUGUGCAAACGGCCGAAGAUGGUGUGUUACCAAAUCAGGCCAUAUGGGUUUUGUUCCACCUAGAAGUAUGCCAGACGACUUGAUCUGUCUCAUCUAUGGAACGCAGACACCAUACGUGCUGCGGCAAAACUUCUCCCAAGGGUCAAAUGACUUGAAAAGAACUUAUACUCUCAUCGGUGAGUGUUAUAUGCAUGGCAUGAUGGAUGGCGAGGCGCUGCAGGGCCAAAUCGAAGAAAGCUUCUUUACACUUACUUGA